UCCCCUCCCCGCCCCUCCUCUGUGGCCCUUCAGGAGCCCAACCGGAGCCUCCAACCUCCGUGCGCAGGCCCAUGGCCACAGCCUUCCUGCUCCUCGUGGGGGUCCUGCUCACUUGCCCUGGCGAGUUCCUGAGCCUUAAUAAGAAGUCCAAGAAGAUGGAUGGGGCGGAGUGCUCCCACCGCUCCGAGUGCACCAGUGACUGCUGCCUGAGAGACCUGAACGCCGGUGGUGCUUUCUGUGCUCCCAAGGCCAGAGUAACCAUGUUGUGCUUGCCCCAGACCAAGGGAACCAUCAACAUCAUAUGCCCCUGCCAGUGGGGCUUGAAAUGCUUCUCCAGUGACCCGAUCUGUUCCCGCCGGUGCCAUUUGAUUUAGAGGAGGAUGCAGGCUGGUCGCUGCCACCCUCCCAGCCUCCCUCCCUGGGGGCCAGGGGCCUGGAGAGCCCCCAUCUUGCUCAAAAUCCAGCUCCUGAGACAUUAAAGUCAAUUCCCAACUCUG